UUAAAUUCGGUAUUAAAUGGGACCACACUAUAAAUACAGCUGUUUUUCCGGCAACCGCAUUUUAUUUAAAGGCUUUCAUAACUUUGGUUUUCGCUUGUUUUGAAUGAAAUAAGCAUGUGGAGUAGGUCGCAGAGCCUCUGGCGGAGAUUGGGCCACCAGGCCACACGGUUACUUAACCGCCAACUGGGUACUUCGGCUGUGUUGCCGGCCCGCAUCUUUGCGGAUCGAGAGAAUCAGUUCGCCCACAACAUUCUGACGGAGUCCCUGAAGCCCUACCAGAUCCUGAGGCCCCUGCAAGAGGACAGGCAGCGUACGCCCACCGAUGGCUUCCUAUCCUCCAGCUCCAAUAGCUACGCCAGCCCCGAGGAUCUCUAUGAUAACUUCCUGGGCAUGGUCCAGUACUGUGCCGGCCAGGAUCUGCAGAUUAGUGACGCCCGCUUCGAUGGAUUUGUUCGCUGCUACUGCGAGGAGCUGCAUCGGCUGACGGAUGACCAGCUGUUGGGAUCGCUGCGCGCCCUGUGCGAGCUACCCGUCCCGGAAUCGACCAAAACCCGCAACUACAUGGAACUGUGGAACACUCUGGACAUCGAGUGCUGUCGCCGGAUUGAACGGUGGAGCAGCGACCGGCUGUUGCUGGUGAGCGAUGCCUGGUAUCGGCUCGGUCUGGUCCGGAUAGGCGAGUAUGUGUGGCUGGCCCUCAAGAAGCUGGGACGUCGCCUGCGAAAGCUACCGCCCGAGCAACUGGUCCAGGCCAUGUUCCUCUGCAACCUGCUGCGUCGUCCCGUCUUCGAAAUGUUCGACUUCGAACUGAAUCUGGCGCGCUGUGUGGACCAGAUGACACUGGCCGAGCUGGGCGUAAUGGCGAUGGGCUUCUUCAAGACGCAGACGCCCAUCCGGAAUCCGGAGCUACUCUCCCAGAUAUACGAACGCCUCGGCCAGGAACUGGACACCGUGGAGGACAUACCGCUGGUGGCGCUGCUGAAGGUGUUGCGCUACAGCAGCAAACUGCCGCAGGUGGAGCCGCUGAAGAAGCUCCUCUCCGCCCUGGAAUCGCGUGUGGAGCACGUCUCCCUCCUGGCCUGCCUGCACAUAGCCCUUCUAGGCUGUGAGCUGCAGACCUGCAACGACGAGCUGGUGGAGCGCAUCCUCUUGCGCUUCGAGCGGGAGUGCGAGUCGGCCCGGCUGAAGGAUCUGGAGCGCAUCUGCCUGGUGAUGGCACUUUUCAACCUGAAGACGCCGUCGGGCGUGGAAGGGAGGCUGGCGGCCCGAAUUCCGGACAUUCUGCGGCAGCGUCUGGACGAGAUUGUGCGGCAUCCGCGUUGCUUCACGAACUGCCUGCAGUUCCUCAGCAUGCGCGGCGUCUACGACGUGGAGCUGCUGGGCGUAGCGCUGGAGCGGCGCUUCCUGCAUCACGCCUACAAGAAUGGCCUGCCCGGCAGGGAGUACUUCCACCUGGACGGAUUGGCGCGACUCCUGGGCCCGGGAGAGUACCAGGGCGCCCUGCUCACCGACCGCCAGCUGCAGCAAAUGGGUCGCCUCUAUACCCAAUACAUCCCCAAGAACGACGGCCGCUUCAAGCUGAACAACACGGAUCGCAUUCUGGUGGAGAUUAGGGAGGCGGCCUCGCAAUUCCAUCGCCACCUGACCUUUAAGCACGUCCUGCCGCACUACGAUCGCUGUGAUCUGGUGCUCUGCUACGACCGGCGACAAGGAAGAGCUCUGCCUUUGGAGGGGAAUCCGGGCACGGAGGACUACAGUGGCGUCAUCCUGACCAGGAGGCAUCUGCUGGGCGAGAUCAGGGCUGCAGACGAUCAAAUAGCCACUGUGGUGAUGGUUAUAGCCGGCUGGAAUAAUGUUAUCCGGGGCAAGGAUCGGUUCACAGGACAAAUGGACAUGAAAUUGAAGCAAUUGAGGCAACUGGGUCAUGAUCCUGUGGUGAUCUAUUGGCAUGAAUGGCGGGAACUGGAAACGGCGCAGGAUCGGCAGGACUUUCUCAAGCGACGCCUCAGCCAAGGGGCCAGGAUAUAAAAGGUUAGGCCAGGACAUGCCAGGAUAUAGCCAGGAUAUCGGAA